AUGAUAAGCAAGGACACUCUGCUCCAUCUGUCAGAGGUGCAAAACGAUGAGACCUUUCAGAACUACGCUCUUUUACGGAAACCUGUUGAUAAGUUUCCUGAAAACACAGGCUUCAGUAAUGUGUUCCGUGCUACCCAGGAUCUUGGGACGCCACAGAUUUUUUUUUUAUCUUUUACAGAGUGGUGCUAUCACUUGCCAACGUGUAAUGACACAACAUGGCCAACAAUUGCCACAGAGUUCUGCAAUGGUACGCGGCAGUCUCCAAUUGACAUUGUGACUGCUAAUGUCCAGGGUAAUGCCAAUUUGACUGCUUUCAACUUCACUGGUUACAAUGACAACACUACCAUGGUGAAAAUAGAAAACACAGGAGAUACAGUUAAGGUUUCUCUGAGUGACGGGAAGAUGACGGUGGAGGGAGGGGAUCUGCCAGGUCAGUACACCAGUAUUCAGUUCCAUCUCCACUGGGGCAACGGAAGCACCAUGGGUGGAUCUGAGCACACUGUAGAUGGCAAGCGAUACGCUAUGGAGCUGCACAUUGUCAAUUUUAAAAGCAAACAUAAUGGAAACCUCACAGCACUUCUUGAAGAUUCGACGGGAUUGGCUGCUCUUGGUUUCUUUAUUGAGGCAACCAAUGAAACUGGUAUGCCAGAGAGUUGGAAGACUCUGACAUCAUACCUGAUUAACAUCACCAACAAAGGUGACCAAGUAAGCAUCACAGAUCAUGUUUCUAUGGAUGAUCUGCUUGUUGGAGUGGACAGGACCAAAUAUUACCGCUAUCUUGGCUCCCUGACCACACCUAACUGCAAUGAAGCAGUGGUUUGGACUGUGUUUAAGGACCCUAUCAAAGUCAGCCAUGACUUGAUUGACCUCUUCAGCACGACUGUCUACGUUAAUACCUCCUCCAACUCUCCUCUGAUGACCAAUGUCUACAGGAGCAUUCAGCCAAUCAAUGGCAGGACUGUGACCUCACAGUUGGCUGUAACUCCUGCCCCCCCAACUACCAUUGCUCCAACACAGGGUGGUGGUGGUAGUGGUGGCGGCACAUCAUCUGCAGCAAAACCUUUCCAGGCUCUUUCCAUGGUUGCAUUACUCCUGUACCCCAUUUUCUACUGGCUUUAA